GGGGCUUGGUACAAUUCAGUAAAAGCAAUCAAGAAAGCUUAAUAGCGGUACUUACCAAAUCGAGUCGAGUGUACAAAACGACUGAAGGAUGUCACAUCCCCUGAGUGGGCCAACAGCCGACCUGGUUGGCAAGGGCAUGCAAGCUGUAGGCUUGACCAUUCCUGUGGGCCCCGUUUCAGCCAAGCUCAUCGACAGCAUGCGAGACUGCGGCCUGCCCGUACCUCCAAAGUCUUGGUUCCGUUGCGUUGAGAAGAAUAAGAGUAAAUCCAGCACUACCAUCGACACCAGGUUGGCUUCCCCGGGUAUCUACAAUGAGCCGAUCUUACGCGAGACUUACAGCAAGUCCUCUGAGCGACCGAAAAGAGCUGACAUUCAAUCGCUUCAAGAUACAACUAAAUAUUACACUCCUCAAAAGUAUUCAUCUGGAACUAGUUGCAUUCAAUCAAGCAAGCAAGAUUUAUUAAAAACAGAAUUCCCGGAAAGCAGAGGAACAUCGGCUGGAGGCCAACAGCAUCAAAUUAGGGGCCUUUCAGUGUUGGAUCUCAAGCGCCGACUGAACUCCGACAACGACGACGAUCAUCACAGCGACAAACGUUGCUGUAUCUACUGCUCGUCUCUCUCGCAAGCACAGUUUGAGCUUCCAUGCGGUGCUAUGGUGUGCUCCAAGUGCAAUGAGAUAGAAACACACCAGGAUGAAUGUAAACAAUGUCAAAAUCUAUUGUGUUAAAAUAAUACACCUUAUAGAUUUUAGAUUUUAUUUUAGCUCUGAUGGUGUGAUAAUGCCAAUCACUUACGUUACGGAUAAAAUAGUGAUAUAACUUGUCAUAGCUUGCUUGGGAACAAUCGAAUAACUUGAAGAUACCUUCUUACUUAUGUUUAGUUCAAUAUUGCAAUAAGAUGCGGGUACACCAUCACAAGAUAUCUUUUACUAUAUACUUUGAGUAUAAUGUAAGACUCUUAGAUUUCACGAAUUUUUAAUAAAUUUAGUAAACAGAAAAAUAAA